UGCUAAAUAGUAAAGGCUAUCUUGCUUUGAACCCUCUUCUGACGACUUAGCCUAGCCGCUAUAUACCGCACAUAUAAUCAACGGAUCAGCGCUAUCUUAUACAUGUUCACCACAACGUGAUUAUCGCGGUCUUUAUUGUUCGAUAAAAGGGGGUGGCCCGGGAGCAUAACCCGGUCUGUUUUUAAGCAUCCUGUGAACCCACGAGCUAGUGCGGUUUCUUAGGAACCCUAGCUCGGUGGGGGAUGCCCACCUUCCUCCCUGCGGGGAAAGAAAAAAAAAAAAAAGAAGGCCAAUGCAGGCCAAUGGCAAUGCACACCAGCACAUCUGCACAAACAAACGUCCACCAUAGCACAUUUCGAACAAACACUGAGGGGCGCCAGUAGAGGGUUUCAGGAGGCGAGUGCUGUUCGAGAAGGGGCAGGAGGCGUCGAUUGUGAUCUCAGAAUGGCGGUGAAAUGUGCAGCUGCAACCUCGCAGCUGGCAUGGGGUGUGCAGCGCAGCUUGGCUGCGUCCGGCCUCUGUGCCCCCCGCAGCUGCGCCCCUGCUCGGUUCGUCCUCCCUCGCACGCCGCUCCGCCCCGCUGCUUCCCUUGAGCUCGGCGCCUCCUCCCUAGGCUCUGCCAGCAGCGCCUUUGCCAGCUCACCCGCUUCCUCGGAACUGUCCCUUUCCGGCAUCGCAUCCAGGGCAACCUCUGCACUGCGGAAGAAUGGGGUCAGGGCCAUGGCCACGGAGGCUGCCAAGCCGCAGGCCAAGGUGACCCACAAGGUCUUCUUCGACAUUGAAGUGGGGGGCGAGAAGGCAGGGAGAGUCGUGCUGGGCCUGUUCGGGGAGGAGGUGCCCAAGACCGCAGAGAACUUCCGCGCUCUCUGUACAGGAGAGAAGGGCUUCGGCUACAAGGGCUGCGGGUUCCAUCGAAUAAUCAAGGAGUUCAUGAUUCAGGGUGGAGACUUCACCAAGGGCAAUGGCACUGGUGGAAAGAGCAUCUACGGAAAUAAGUUCGAGGACGAGAACUUCAAGCUGUCCCACACUGGGCCGGGCAUCCUCAGCAUGGCCAAUGCUGGGCCCAACACCAACGGCUCCCAAUUCUUCCUCUGUACAGUCCAGACUCCUUGGCUGGAUGGUCGGCACGUGGUUUUUGGCCAAGUCCUGGAAGGGAUGGACGUGGUCAGCAAGGUCGAGAACCUGGACACAGACCGGUCGGACAGGCCAAAGAAGCCCGUGGUAAUCGCAGACUGCGGUGAGCUGGACAGCUAGCUUCGCUUGUCGGAGAGCCUUAGAAGGCCAGUACGAGAAGACAUGCUCCUGGCAAAGGGCGUUUAACCGGAGUAAGUUCUGAAACUUCUACCGAUUUGGCCCAGCUGAUGCAUGAGUCCGAAUGUAGGUCGAACUUUUACCUAAUUGUAUAUUAGCACAGGUCACAAAGCCAUAGGUGACUGCAUGACUCUCCGGUCUGGUAGGCGGCCGGCCAUGCAGCGGGGGCGCCCAUUUCGAUAUCCGGAUUUGAUCCUGCAAGCGGAACCUGCACCUAAAAUCCGACCUGCAUGUCGUGCGUGUUGCUCCAUCAUAUGGCAAACAAGCUUGAG